AUGGUUGUUGUAGAAGAGCAGUACCAGCAAAAGCAUCAGAAGAAGAAGUGGCCGACCAUCUUCAUGAUCAACGACCAUGAAGACAUCCUGGUGGAGGUCCUUAAACGUCUGGACCCACGUUCCCUCGCCAUAUCAGCUUGUGUAUGCCGACUCUGGAGAACCAUCUCCCUUCAUGACUCUCUCUGGGAGAACCUUAUCCUCUCCCGCCACCUCUCACUCCAUCCUCCCUCCCUCCGUCCUGUCGUUCGAGCUCUAGGCGGCUACCGUCAACUAUUCACCGUCUGCUUCCGCCCCUUCCUCGACCGCCUCUCCCGAACCCGGUCCGGUCGGUCUGCAUGGACCCGUGACGAGGUCCGCCUCUCGCUUUCCCUCUUCUCCAUUGACUGCUACGAGCGCCUCGGUGGGGCCCCUUCCUCCCUCAGAUUUCUCUGCGAGCCCGUCAACGUCUGAUAUUAUAUUUCAUCUCUCUCUCUCUCUCUCUCCUCUCUCUCUCUCUCUUUCUUUCUCGGGCUUUGGAUUCCUUCCAUCUUGUUGUCUCCUUCGCAUGCAAUGGUGGGUGGGCGUACGGUAACAGUGUCCGCACCCACGGCGUAUGUUAGUCGGGGAGUUGGAGGGUAGCCCCUCUCCUCGUGUCCAUUUGGCGCGCUCGUGCUUAUUUGGUCUAGUGGGCCCACAGCACUUGUCGAGGUCUGUUGCAGGAAUCGGGCUGGCGAAGACCGUUGGAUAGGGAGGACAUCAGUCCGAACGCGAUGGUCACCUGAUGUAUGGCCUGGAUGUCCGGCACGUGUCACACCGGCACGGCUUUGGAGGAGGCUUUUGGGAUCGAUACACGGGCGAGGCGAGGACGCACCAAGUUGGCGCGCACGUGCCUAUUCGGCUGGCGCAGUCGAGUGGGGCCCACCUCCGUGUGGUGGUCUGUUGCGGGUCAUCACGCCGGCCACACGUGUAUAGAAUGGAUGCAGUCCGUACAUAUGCGAUGUGUAUGUGUGCCUACCUGAUGCAUGGAAUGGACCUCGCGCGCGUGCAGCACUGGCACGUGCAGGGGUAGGGUUUUUGGGUGGAAACACGAGCGGCGAGGACGUAGACAGACAGGAUUUUGGAGGGGCGUAGGAUAAGUGCGUGUGGCCCCAUACAGCAGUUUUUUUUUUUUUUUUUUAAAAUAUCUUUAAUAAGAAUUCUUUUGUUUCUCCGAGCUUUUCUUGAGAACAUCAUGCGUGUAUAUAACUCAGCCCAUCUACAUGCCACCAUAUCUGCCAGCGCAGUGCACGAGCUUGAGAUCCAGACCGUCCAUUGUUCUUGCCCCGCUUCAUUGAUUAUCUGGCCCAAAAAUCAGGAUAUUUUGUUAAUCAUAAUAGCACAUUUGAUGGAAACAACCUGGCCCAGUGUUUCUAGGUCAUCUAAGAGGUUGAGCAACUGAUGGACGUCUUCAAUCUCACUCCCAUGUACCACGUAAGGGCAUACCGUGUCGUGUAGAUGUGCCGCUUUGUACACGCGUCUGGUCUUAAGAAGCUUCUUCUCUUUAUUUCUAUAUCAAAUAUUAUUUUGAACUGGACUUGUAACCCAAGAUGGUCAGAUAAUGUACGGUGCAGAUUGCAGCUAA